UCGAGUUCGCGGGGACGUACAGCACGUAGUGUCAGUACGCGAAGAAACGUCGUCCCCCCAUCAUCGUCAAGUCGCGCGUGUGCCAUUUCGAAACGACACCGAUAUCGCAUUCGCAAGUUCAGUGUGUUCGAAUAAAAAAUAAAAAAAAAAAAGAAAAAAGCAGAAGAAUUUCAACGAUCCACGUUGCAUCGUUUCACUGGAAGGUGAUCGAGGAAUUUCAAUUUGUUUCAUCUCGACGUGCUUCCUGUUCUACUCCACGAAGGGAACACGCGUAGUGCCGGGAGGCUCGGCGGACCACGCACGCGACCCCGGCCACUUUUCGACGUUUCCAAGCUGUUGAUAUUUGUUUUCCUUAUCUACUUCCGCGCGAGACGAUCGAACGCAGCGUGUUCGAAGCUGAACACGAGGAGAGAAUCAUCGAGAAGCGAUCUCGUCUCGCGGAGAAAUCCGCGAUGGACGCGAAAGCCGAAGCACCAGGUGCGAUUCGAGGUGCGAUGAAGCUGGAAAGCUGUGAGUAGAUACGCGACUGGCGUUUGGAUGGCUUGCAAACGGAAGCGGAAAAAGUCGUGGAAGAGCGCCUGAGGUGAAGUUCCACUGGCUGCACGGCCUUCGCGCCGGCCAGCAUGGCGUAGCAACGCCGCGAAAAUCCCACGUUAAACUUUUACCAACGGGGCAGAGUCUAUUGCUAAGUUUGUUCCAUUGGUUGAAAGAACGAACAGAGCAGAGGAGAAAAAGACGCAAUGCGGUAGCGUGUGCUAAGCGAGAGCUUAGCGGAUCAACGUCGUGCCACAGAGCCGGUUCAGAGAACGAAACUGGGCCAUAACAGAGUCGAAGGGCCCGGCGAAGGUGGAUAAAGCCACUCGAACAACGGCCCUGGCGACGACGGCGUUGGCUUCCGGCGAUGAUCGGAUACAAUCAACACAAUUCUGGCUACAACAAGCUAUUUACGCAGGGCUCGGCAGACUCGAACUACUCACAGCCGAGCUCGGAUCUCUCGCUGGACGAGGAGAAAGAGAGCUUGCGUCGUGAGAAGGAGAGGCAGGCCCUCAAUCAACUUGAAAAAGCCAGGACGAAAGCGGUAGCGUUUGCAGUACGGACCAAUGUGAGCUAUGAUGGAUCUGUCGACGAUGAUUCGCCUGUCCAUGGCUCGGCUAUCAGCUUCGAGGUCCGCGACUUCCUGCACAUCAAGGAGAAGUACGACAACAAUUGGUGGAUAGGUAGGCUGGUGAAAGAGAACGCGGACGUCGGCUUCAUCCCGUCCCCGGUGAAAUUAGAGGCCCUGAGGCAGCAGGCGAGCGCUGCACGUGGUACAAAGGGUCUCUAUUCGGCACGUGGAGGGUCUUCAGGGAACCUUGGCGAGAGUGGUAUGCCCUCACGUGGUUCCACACCACCUACACCAGGUGACGACAGCGACAGCGUCCGCGGCGGUAAGGCAACGUUGACCACGCCACCGGCUAAGGAGAAACGGAAGAACUUCUUCAAGAAGCCGUCCUACGAAACAACCACGCCGUACGACGUUGUACCAUCUAUGAGGCCUGUCGUCCUGGUCGGUCCAUCGUUGAAAGGUUAUCAGGUGACGGACAUGAUGCAAAAGGCGUUGUUUGAUUAUUUGAAACAUCGGUUCCGAGGCAGAAUAAUUAUCACUAGGGUAAUGGCAGACAUUUCACUGGCAAAGAGAUCGUUGCUGAACAAUCCAUCAAAACGAGCGAUCAUGGAACGAUCCACAAGCAGGAGCAGUUGUUUGGCGGAGGUUCAAGCCGAGAUCGAGAGGAUUUUUGAGCUUGCCAGAACCCUUCAGUUGGUAGUUUUGGACUGCGAUACCAUCAAUCAUCCGUCGCAGUUAGCUAAGACCAGCCUGGCGCCAACGAUCGUCUACCUGAAGAUUUCGUCACCUAAAGUGCUCCAAAGGUUGAUCAAGUCGCGUGGAAAGUCGCAGAUCAGACAUCUGAACGUACAAAUGGUGGCUGCUGAGAAAUUGGCUCAGUGUCCUACAGAGAUGUUCGACGUGAUCUUGGAUGAGAAUCAGCUGGAGGAAGCUUGCGAACACGUAGCUGAGUACCUGGAAGCUUACUGGAGGGCCACGCAUCCUCAAGUGAUCGCUACAGUGCCACGUCCGAUCCCUGCACCGGAUGCACCGGUCGACGCGUUAACACCUCGCGUCACAUCAGGUGCCCAUCAUGAGAGUUACUACGGCCACGAGCCAAGAGGAUCAGGAUCGUACAGCGGCGGACACAUGAGCGAAGGAACUCGAAAGUCGAGGCUGGAGAGGAUGGAUCGUGAUCGGGGCGAUCGUAGUGAACACGACUACGGCAACGAGGAGGAAUCGUACGUCAGUGGCGUCGAUUACGGGAGCGCGUCGAGGCGUCGCCAGCAGCAAGAUCCGCGCGCAUUGAACGCCAUUUAGGAGCUGGGGCCCCGGGGCCUGUCGCUACAGCGCUGUCCCCACCUGCGCACCACUGCUCUUUAGUGGGGUCGCCACCUGGUACGCUACUGAACGUACGAACGUGCUUAACGCUACCGUAGCGAAGAAAACAAAAAAUAUUUGCGCUCUGGUCUGUUAGUGGGGUUUCUUUCCUGUCGCUACCCGUAAGAUGGUUCAUUUUGUUCGAUUUACUGUUUAAUAGCUAGACCCUUGUUGUUCGAGCUGUCCCACAAUUUACAUAGAAAUCGCCUUUCGUUACGAUAUUUCUAGCCUUUAGUAUACGGCAUCGUACGUAACGCAUGGAACUCAGCGUGUUUUCAUGCAGAAUCAUUUUCAUUUUCUUCAUUCUGUCCGUUUAUUGGUGCCGGAUCUCGAUGUAGAACUUCUAUUAUAGAUACAUUGCAUCGUAUUAUGCCAAUGAUUCUCGUUACCGAGGAAGCGUGCACGAUACUUUACGCUGUAACAGAGAGUAGAAAUGUUGAUUAUGCAAAGUGUUGUUCUUUCGUAGAGCUGAGAUUUUGAAUCUCAGGUAAAUCGCUUUGAUUUUUAUUUGUUGGAUUGUUGAGAUGGUACGCGUGCACGCUUGUCUAUGAUACACGAAUGUUUCAUCCUACGAGGUAUACACUUUCUUCCGUUUGCGACUAUUUUCGUUAUGAUGGAAGCAAGAGUUAGCGAGCUAGUGCAUUAUUUUUUCAUUUUGUUGGUUCCAAAGUAAACAUGGCGUAAUUUGUCGUAACAGAGUAACGUGUCCAUGGUGACAGACAUUGUAGAUUCUAUUUUCGUAAUCGUACUCUCGAUUAAAGGAGCCUUGUUGAUUUCGUAACGAUCGUUUUCUUGACCAUUCGAUAGAUAUCGUACAAGUAGAAAGACCCAUUCUAGUGAAACCAAUUGUUGUUGUCAUGAAACUAUCGAGUAAAUGGCUUUGUUCUGUUCCCAUCCCCCAACCCUCCUCCGUUUUACAGAAAUUUUAUCAAAGCAAUUACAAAGUUCGUUCGCGUAAAUGGAGAGCGUGUGAGAGAGAAAAAAUGUGCGAGUGAGAGAGAUGGAGCGUGUUGGCGGCAGCGAAAAAUUUUCACGAGCAUUUUUUCCAACAGGAAUUCCGCAUAACGAUGGGCGGAUUGAAACGAAUAAUCGAAUGUCCUUGUCGAUGAGGUACGCACAGGAUAAAUCCCCCAUUCGCGGAGCCAGCUCAACGAGAUGAGUAUUGACACGAGAACAGUCACGUGAACAAAGUUAAAGAGAAACACACUUUUAAGAAUGAGAAAGAGUGAGAGAGAAGGGAGAGCAUGAGAAUAAGAGAGAAAGGAAAGGAGAGAAAAAGAGCCCUGGGGCCUUAAUCUUUGCGCUGACUCCUCCCGGGCCCCUAUUACCCAACCCCACGAGAAACAUCAGAUUUUUCAGAUCGAUGAUUUAUCAGCCAGCUAGGGGAACUCGUGAAUCGGCAUCGAGUCUUCAUUAAACGCCACGAGAUUUUCGCUCGAAAUUAGGUAGACGAUCGUCCGGAGUUAAUUGAACGAAAAAAAGAAAAACAAAGAAAGAAGGGAGUAUAAAAUAAAAUCGUGAGAAACGAACAAAAAAGAGAAAUCAUAGGAAAAAGAAAUGAGAAACUUCGAUAUGAAUUUCGCGUGGAAUUCUUUCAAUUCGGCCGACAGAACAGCGAUAGUUGCUUCGAUUUAGAGAGAAGAGAGGAGAAACGAGGAAAAUGAUCUCUAGUCGAUUUACAUUAGGAUCGAUCGCAUGAUUAAAUUCUUAAUUCUAGAAAUUUUAGAAAUUUCGCGUAUUCGUCACGAGGUUCGUGCAGAAUUUCACGAUAUCACGAUCGAGUAUGGAAGAAACUCGACAAAAAUAAAAUAACGAAACGAAUUAACGUUGCGUGGCGAUGGGUUGGGAUCAGAGAUAAUCAAUCAUUAUUGUCGUACGCGAUUAAAAGUUUUCGAUUAUCGAUACGAUGGCGCGUUGAUGAUCGCCGCGCUAGGCUCACGUGUUUAUACGUUUUAUUAGAGUCUAUUUGGUGAAAUGUGAAUACACAUACACACACACAUACACACACGUGUUACACAUGCACAGACAGGCAUACACGGGCACACGCACACGAGAACACACAGUGAAACACAUUUUGUGUAUAUAGUAUACAUAUAUAAAUAAUAAUAUUAUAUAUAUAUAUAUAAAUAUAUUGUAUACGUAUGUACGCAGUGAACACUUUUACCUUUGUCACUCGACAAAAUUCCGAUCGAGGCAAAAUGUGAGUAUGAGAGCAAGAAUGAAUGGGAGAAAAUGAAAGGAAUAGAAUGAAAGUGGAUAGAAAGUGAAACAAGAGAGAUGAUACUAUACCAUAGAAUCAAUAGAUAUCGUGUACAUAUUGUAAGAAGCCUUUAAAAACAAGUCCUUUCCGUUUCGAUUUUGUCGUGAAUGCAGCGUCGUCAGCUGCAGCGAGGAUCAUGGUAAUGCUGGAUAUUUGUCAACGUUUCUCAUUGUUUUUACGGAUCUACAAACACUUUCGGUCCUCGUGAUCAACGCUUUUGACGCACUACGAACUUGCUGCAACUAAAAUACGAAAAAUAUUUAUGGAGUAAUUGAUGCAAUACAUAUACACAGACACAUACACAAACAUACUCAUACACAUACACGCACACAUACAGAAACAUAUACAAACGUUCUUGAUUGCAUACCAGUUGCACGAAUGUAAUCGUGACAACCGAUAAUGCUAAUCGAGUUUUGGUCGUUCGUGUAUAUUGAUUUCUUUUUUAGAUGCACGCAUCAACGUUGUUUCUUAAGUAGAACGAACAAAUCUCGAGCUCGCCAUUCUUCGCAGAAAUAGCCUUGCGCACGGCCAGUAUAAUUAAAUAAUAUCAAAAGGGCAAAAAAAGAAAAAAAAAGAAAAAAAGAAAAUGUACGAAACGUAAUAUAAUGAAUUUUUCUAAAUUAAUUUAGGGAAUUUUACUUAAAACGAUCACUUAUGCAUCAUUAGACUAGCGAAACGAAGCGUUUCUUUCCCGGAACGAUUACGUUCGAUAUGCGUUCGUGUAUGACGUUGCUGUGUGAAUUUAGCGAGAUUUUCUUAUCGUUUUCACGCUGUUUUCGCAUUUUCCACGGCCGAUCGCUGGCAUAUUUUUCUUUAAAAAUAAAUUAAAAAUAAGGAUUUGGCGCACGGUCCUUUGAAUCUCAAAACUUGAGCGUGGAUCGUAAUUUCUUGUCGAUAUAUGUAUCUCUGCCAGCGAUUCAGCGUCGUCGUCUUAUCGAAAGUGUUUCAAAUUCUUACUAAGCUCGUUGUUUGUUCGCCACAUUAAAUUGGCGCUGGAAGAUUAUAUAGUUGUUGAAGAUUACAAAAAUCUUCGUGCAACGCCGUUUAUUGCAUUUUAAUGGCGUCACCGAUGGAUCGAGCGAGUAUCGAAGCGAAAGUCUUCGUGGAACGCUCUCAAGAUGAACUUUAAAGACGCCUUAAGAAUUAAGUAGACGAUCGUGUGGAGAUCAGCAUUCGACCUAAAUUUUCAAUCGCUACGCUGUUAAACGAAUUUUAUUGGCGCCUUGCGCCGUAAUAAUUUCGCUUGUCGAAAAUUCCAUAUGUUAUCUUUAGACUGGAAGAUUUUUAUAAAUCGAGCGAAGAUGCUGAAAAAUCUAUGACAAAUAUAAAAAGAUAGUUUGUUUCGAAUUCGAGGCAAAUUAUGGAAUGUUCGAGUUUCACGUUUCACGAUUUUUCACGUUUUCCAGUUUCGCGAGUAUUCUAUUGGUCGCUAACUGUAAAAUGUUUUUUGUAGCCAACGUUUGUAAAUACUAGGUAAAAUAUAUUUGCAAAACACUAUCACUGGUGAUGUCUAUUUAAAGAUACUCACGCUUCUACUUCGAUGUAGGCGAGUUUUAGUCAAAAUUCAAUGCGAGAAGGAGCGUGCGUUUCGGUUUCUUCACGACGCGAUUCGAGUGCAAUUUGGAAACGAAUGCUCGGUAGUAGCUAGAGUUUCUUUUGAACUUUGUUUCGUCGUGUCGAACAGAAGCCAUUUGUACUAGGGUAACGUUCUUAUAUCACGUUUGCUCGAUUAUUUUAACAAGUUUCUCUGUUUCUGCGAUUUAACUACGAAUAGCGCCGCGACGCAUAGGCGACUCGAUUUUAAAUCGUAGCUAUUGUAUACAAUUUUUUCUAGACGUCAAUGACGCGAUUGAUAGAGGAUGUGUAACAAUAUCUAGCCCACAUCCUUAAGCAAAUGAGAAUUUUUUAUAAUAUUUUGUAAGAAUCUUUCGCUCGAAAGGCAGCGAUAGAAACCCACGUCAUGCAGACCUGAUACGAAUUAUGGCGUCUCACGUGGCCACAUACAUACCACACACAUACACAUACACACACACACACCCACGAUACACGAAUUUGAAAGGAGCCCUUAAUAUUUCUUACGGUACGAUCCCUAGUAGCUAACUGACGCGAGACCCGUCGGUUUUGUAAUCAUUAACGAUUUCGGUUUAGGAUUUUAGCGGCUUCCAGUCCGUUCUUUCUUUCGAUAUAUCGAAGACUAGUGUUCGAAUCUGUAACACGUGCAUUAGCGCGCUAAAUUAAAUGCAAAACGAGAGAAAAAAAAUUAUAUGAAACGUAACUUGUAGCUUUCGAUCGACGUCAAUUCGGAUCUACGU